CGAAAAACAAUCAAUGGACAGACGUGAUGACGACGCCGCUCAUGCCGCUUCUGCUUGCCUGAGACUGAGAAACCAAAUCAGAUUCCGAUUUCAUCUGAUUUGUUUCAAAAUAUAGAUAAGCUCAACGUACUUGUAGAUGCGAUUGAUUUGGGAUUAGUGGAAUUAUACCUACCAUCAUUAAUUAAUAAGAAUCUCCUGAGCCGAGCUAUUUGAAAUUGAAAGUGCGCUCCUUGGAUUUCUCCGUUAAGAAGAGUAUCAAGACAGUCCUCCACUCUCUACUUAGCCGAGCGUCUCGGGGAGAAGGGAUGGCAGCGACCGUUGCCAGUAGUGGAGGGGAUACGACAGACGGGGAUUUAGAUAUGUCGGAUGCAUACGAUAGCAUACGAGAGAUUGAUACGAGCAAGAAAGAGGUAACGUUAGGACACGAGAUCGGAGCCGGAGCACCAUGUAUCAAGUGUGGGGAUGCCUGUACAGGCUUAGACCUUCAUUACUGGAGGAAAAUCUGCAAAGUAUGCAAGUGCGGCCCUGAGGACCACAAGAUUGUCGGCCAAGACAGGGAGCAAGUUCGCAAGAUUGGACGUCUCUUCGACGAAGCACACACGGUUCGUUAUAACUUGAACCGCAUGACUGUCAGUCGUACGCAGUACUUGAAUGCACCGGAUGAAAAAGAAAAGAAGGUGAACAAGGUAGCCCCCAAGAAGGUUGAAAGCAACGUACCAAAUGGAGAUUCACAGAUCACUUUUGAAUGGGUCCCGCAAGGGGCUACGGUGGAAACGGCUACACGCUACAUGGAGAUGCUCCCCAUGGAGAGCCAGCCCAUCGAGGGGACAGAAGGAGCAGACUCCCGCAAGAAGCAGAUCCACGUCCAGCUUCCGGCCCAUGACCAAGCCCCGGAACUCUGCCAGAACCUGACCGAUAAGGAGGCCAAAGACAUGGAAGAUUUCGUCAAGGAGUACAAGGAGAAUGCGGUAGGCAUUGGGAUGGUACAACCGGUCCAGGCUAAGGCCGCAGGAACCUCCUUCCAGUUGGUAGGUGCUCCACCCGUGCCACCAAGGCCAAACAAGAAGGGGAGUCACCCAGGAGCCCCUGAUGACAUUGGUGCAGGAGACCCCACCCAAGCAUCCCCCAAGGCCAACGGCUACAGCACCGCUUCCCCAGCCCAGGGAUCCCCUGUCCGUGCCGUUGGUACAGACGCCUCCGUCGGUACGGACCAAGAGUACUGGCCACCACCCCCUCCUGUUGUGGUCAAUGGAGAUGCACCACAGACUGCUUCUGAAGGAGUAGGAACAGACCAGCCACCCUCCCCAACCACCUCCACCGCUUCCGCUUCAUCCACGUCCAGCUCAAAAUGGCAAUGCGUCAAGUGCGGGGAGAACAUGAGCGGCGGCGACGUGGCCGUCUUCGCCGAGAGGGCGGGAGUGGACAAGUGCUGGCACCCCGGCUGCUUCCGAUGCACCACAUGCAAUGAAUUGUUGGUGGACCUGAUCUAUUUCUUCAAAGGGGAUAACAUCUACUGUGGCAGGCAUUAUGCAGAUACACUCAAGCCCAGGUGUGCUGCUUGCGAUGAGCUCAUCUUUGCAUUGUCUUACACCCAAGCCGAAGAUAGGAAUUGGCACGUAAACCAUUUCUGUUGCUUUGAAUGUGACACGCCCCUUGGUGGGCAGCAGUACGUCGCCAAGGACAGUCACCCCUACUGCAUGGAAUGCCACUCUAAGAAGUUUGCUAAGGUGUGUACAAGCUGUGGUAUGAAGAUAGGAGCUGGCGUUCCCAGACUGAGCCACAACAAGCACCACUGGCAUGCAGACGACGAUUGCUUCCGAUGCUCUAAUUGCAAGAUCACCCUGGUCGGCAAAUCAUUCCUGCCCAAAGAGGGCUACAUCUUCUGUUCCACCAAGUGCAAGAAGCAGCUGCUCAGAUAAUCGGUGCUUGAGAAAUCGCCCUCUAGUGUUAGAGGAGAGUUAGUUGAAUAGAUAAAUGACUGUGUCUGCAUAUUAGUUUAAUGUGUGGAUUAUAUGCAAGAUGUUGGAUGACUGGUUGAAAGCAUUAUUGUAUCAGACCAGAGCUCAAUAUCAUGGACAUGAUAUAAAAGAUGGUGUAGUAUCAGGUGUUACACUACUAGUCUACAAUAUUUUAAUAAUAUUUCGCAUUUAUGAAGUGCUUAACACAUCGUAAUGACUUCUCAAAGGGCUUUACAGAUAUAUUACAACCCCAGUCGUCGGAUCCUGGCUUGCCUGCACUUUCUCCACUCCCUUGGGAAGGCAAUCUGAAUCUUGCUUUCGUCACAGACACCAGAACCAACACUGAACUUGAAAUAACCCAGUGCAUUUGAAAGAAAGGUUGAUAUUCAAGAGAAUGAUAUAAUCGCUCUCAUACUAUCCAAAUUCAUGUCAUAUUUUCUUAAUUAAUGUUCAAGAAAAAGAGAGAUGUUAUUUGGAUAGGGCAUCAUUUGAUGAAUCUUUUUUAAAAAAUGAUCUCCCCCAAUUUUUCGAUUUCACCUUAGCUACGAAACGAUGUUAUGCAUGGUAUACAAAAUUGCAUACAACGAAUGUCCAUAUUUUUCGUACAAUGAAAUUGCAUGCAACGAAAUGUUUGUGUAUCCAUAAAUAUACAUAUAACAGUGUCAACCUCACACCUGAAUACUUUCUGCAUGGAAAGGAAAAAAAAUCUUUAUUAAAUCAUGAAGAGAAACUUUAAAAGAAUAGUUAUUAUAUUGUGUACAAUGAAAGGUAUGUUCAAUGAAACAUACCUUUUACUACAUUUAUAUCAUAUGAUACAAUUCAAAUCUAACUGCUCUUCAUAGUUAAUAUUUGACAGCUUAUAUUUGCUUUCUAUCACCCUCAUCUGUUAGUAUCUCAAUGCAAUGCAUUUCUAAUUUCUGAAUAGUUACAAAUGUAAAAUUACAAUGAGUGUAGUUUCAUUUUAAGCAUUCAUUAUUGAUUCAAUCGAUACACUUCAGAACUGUAAUCACCACCAUAUUCAUUUACCCCAAAUGUAAAAGGAAACAUUCAUAUUGUAGAGUAAGUAAAAUAAAAUAAUGCUUUCGCUUUCAGAUUUUGAUUGGUUCCUAAUAAUGUUAUUGCAGGAAAAUGGGAUUGUCUUGGACCAAAAUAAGAUAGAUUUUUACUUCUGAAUACAAGUCAAAGAAUGGUUUGUGAAAAUGAGUCUUCAAUCUUUAAUUAAAGGUAGAAGAUUGGUAAUGAAAAAAGUAAAUCCAUAGUCUGUAGUCCUCUGUCAAGAAAUGAAUGAGAAUAGAAAUUUAGGAAAUAGGCAUUUUGAUCAUUGUACAUAACUAUUACAUGUACUUUGUAUAUUGAAAAAGGGUAUAUAUUCUUCAAAGCCUGACUGUCCUCCAUUCGUUCACUUUGGUGGAGCAGUUGUAAUGUACAUAAAAUUUAUGUUUUUCUUCUGAGGUCUUAAUUUUUUUUCAAAGGUAGAACUGAACCUUGUUUAAAGGUAGAAAUGAGCCUUGAAAGUUUUGCCACAAAGAUUUAAUUGGUAAAAUUAUGAAACAUGCUGCAUUUGUUCCAGCCUAAUUACAAUCACUAAUAUUCAAAAGAUACUGUCAUUCUGUGUUUUAAACGUACUUGUACAAUUUGUUAAAAGUUUGUUAAUUCUCUUAUUUCAAGCUGGAGCAUUCUUCACAAUUGUAUAAUGUGUAGGCUUACUUUUAUACAUGCAUAGAUCCAUGCUGAAUGUUUUGAGAUGUUUCAUUGUAGCUGAAGCAUUCUUCAUCAUUGUUACAAUGUGUAGGCAUACAUUUGUACAUACAUAGAUCCAUGUGGAAUGAUUUGAGAUAUUUCAUUUGUAUUGAUGUAAAAGAAAUGCGUUUUCAUGAUACAAUUUACACCAAUACUGCAUUAGUAUUAUCAUCGCAGCCCAGCUUAAAGCCCUGUUCAGAAAUGGUGAGACGCACCACCUCACUUGUGCUACAUCAAUGUGCAUUACACACUUCGAUUCCCCCAAAGAUGCGCAGACAAACUCAUGACAUCACAGCAAUUUCAUUAUGAUGGCACAAACAAUGUCAUUAUGAUGGCAUAAGCUAUGUUAUAUGAUAUAAUGAGAUAAUGAUGAUGUCAUAUGGCAUGAGCCAUUGUUGAUGACAUCACAAUGAGUUCAUUAUGAUUUCAUGAACUAGUCCAACAAAGUCUAUUUUCUGAUAUCUGAACAAGAAGUGGUGUUGCACAAGCAGAAGACCUUUUUCUGAUUAAAUCUGUACACACAAUGUAACAGCAUGCCUGAACAAGGCAUUACAGUGAUUACACAAUUCUCUUUUACCUUUAGUUCCUGAUGUGAAUAUACGUCAAUGUAUUUUUAUCCAAGUUUUUGCAUAGAACACAGAAUCGUCAAGUACGAAUGUUUAAUUUGUUGUUUUGAAUGUCGUGACAGUUUUCUUCUUGAAUAUUUUGGCCAAAGAAUAAUCCAAGAACUUCAAUUCCCUGACCCUACUAUUGUUUUCAGAAGUCAUUCCAUUUUGAACAUGUGAUUAUGAAUGCUUUGAUCACAUUUUUAAUACAAAAUUGUGUGCCAGCAUUUUGCUUCAUGAAGCUUUGUGAGAUAUUGUAAAUAAGUGCCUUGUUCGUAUUAAUUUCGAGGAUAAAUUUCCUUUUGUUUUUAGCAGCCCGAUCUUGGAGCAUGUCUUGUAAACUUUUGCAGUUACCCUGACUUGAAUGACGUUCUCUUGUGUAGAUUGUAGUUUGAUAGUUUGUUUUUCAUGUAUAAAACUGCAGCCUUGAUUGCAGUGUAGUUGAAAUAAUGCCUUUUUUUAUCAAUAAUGCAAGAAAACAUUUUUUCAAUGCCCAUCUUUCUCUUUCACCUGUACUUUGCGUUUCUCUAAUAUCUAUUUUAAUUGUAAAGGAGAUAUUAUGUAGUGCACAUCGAAAUUGUGUUUCUGUUUAAAUGAUAGUUUGAAAGAAUGUCUUAUUUCGAUAUAGAUAUAUAUAUUUAUAAAUAUGUAAUUUCUAUUUGAAAAAUUGUAUUUAUUCUGUAUGCCUUUUCUGUAUAAAACUGGAAGCAAUUUUUACGUAGGUAUAAUCAAGGGGGUUAAUGAGAUUGUUAAAUAGAAAAAGAGUAUGAAACGGUGCUGAAGUCACUCUUGAUUCACACCACCCUGUCCUUGAAUUAGUUUUUUUUUUUUGGGGGGGUAGAUUAAUUAGUGUAAGCCUGUUGACCAAAACUAAAGGGAGAACCAGAUCAACAAAUUUCAUUGUGACAUUUCUCCUUCAAAGCUUUCCAUUGACUGAGAUAUAUGUUUUCUUGUCAUGCACUCUGAAAUAGAAUUAAUUAUGCAAUUAAGUUUUCAAUUGUCAGUGCCCCCUUCCCCCAUUUCCUAGAUCUUUACAAGUAAAUAAUUCUUUGCAAUACACAUAGGGAAACAAUCUGAAUUUUAUCAAAUUCUGCGCAGUUACAUUAUCAAGUAAAAAAAAAAUUUCACAUGCUAGUUAAAACUAGGCUAUUAACUAGAGCUUUUUUGCCAUGCCAAUGGACGUAAUUAGAAUGUUUUACUAAAAUAUCAAGCAUUGUUCAUACUCAUGGAAAAUAUCCAACAUUUAAUAUUGAUUUGUUGUAAUUAUUCAUUUUAUAUUGUACACAGGCUUUGAAUGCCAAGCUGAAGUUACAGAAUUAUAAAUUAUGGGGCAUUUUUAUGGUUAUGAAAAAAAAAUGGUGCUGGCUGUAAAGAACUCGCCUUGUCAAUGUAGAAUAUGCUACUUGUAAAAAGAGCGCCAUCUUGUGUCAUAUGUUGGACAAUAUCACUAGGAUCCAAGUAAAAUUUGUUAAUACCCAGUUAUACAGAAUGAAUGUGGACAUUUUUUACGAUAAUCAUCUUGGAUACCUAUUUUCUGAUCAUUAUAAAAAAACACGUUUGGUAGAUUUAGAUGCAUUAUGUAUAAUUGCACAGCUAGCUUCUCAUUGAACUAAAUUUGCAGAGUUCAAUGGUUGUAUUGAGGUAGCAUUUACGCUUAACGGUAUAUUCAUUCAUCUUUCUUUUUUGCAUUGCUUGCUACUUGCUUAAAAGCCAUUUUCCAAUUCAUUAUUUAUUUAUCAUGUAUUUUUAUUGUAUAUUAGCAUUGAUACAAAAGAGAUGUUGCAAUGGUGUGCCAAUGCUUGUUAUGACCAACUGUAUCAUACGUAUGUUGUGAUGAAAAGAAAAAAUAAAUGCCAUGUACCUUUUUGUGGUGGUUUGGUUAAAAUAAAGGCCACAAGAGAAAAAACAAUGAAUAAAAGAUGUUAUAUUAUCUUUCUCACCUAA